CUUCUUUCAACUGCACAUUGAGCAGUGAGCACACGAGCACAACAAUGUUCCACGUAUCUCAAAGCAAACACAUUCCAGCAUACAUACCACAAAAUGCGCCUUAACCCAAAAGGUGAUCGAGACAGCUUCCCGAAACGUGCUCAGCUCCCUAUUGUUGCAGGCACGCCAGAAGGCUCAGCAUGGUUCUGGGGAGGUUCUGAUGAACUUGGCCGUUUGAACCUCUUGACUCCUGAGCGCGUACAGAAAGCGACACGAGAAAAUGUCAAGACAGGCUGUGUUGUUUCGCUCAACCUACCUUUGAGCGAACCUUCGCCUCCAUUCUUUGGGCGAAGACCCAUUGAACAUAAGAUCAAGUCGAUCGGCAAAGGCGCUUUUGACGACGAGACCACGAUCAACACACAGUCGAGUAGCCAAUGGGACGGGUUCCGGCACUUCGCUGAUCCUAAGUCAGGGUGCUUCUACAACGGCAUUGUAUCUGAGGAGAUUGAAGGAGACGAGGGUCUGGACGAAGGUGGACCAGAAAGGUCAAGAAGACUUGGUAUCGAUGCCUGGGCGAGACACGGAAUAGUAGGACGGGGUGUGUUACUUGACGUAUACAGCUGGGCGCAAAAGGAAAGCCCCUACGAUCCGUUCACCGAGCAUUUCAUUACUGCAGAAGACCUGAAAGCCUGUGCUGAAUCACAAGGUGUCACGUUCCAGACAGGAGACAUUAUCCUGAUACGAACAGGUUGGCUCGAGAAGUAUACCACUCUCACGACGGAGGAAAAGGAGGACCGCAGUAAAUGGGAUGUUAUGAAGCAUCAGUAUGCUGGAUUGGAAGCUUCGGAAGACAUGAAAGAUUUCUUGCACGACUCAUACUUCGCGGCCGCUGCGACCGACAACGCCAAUCUAGAAGCUUGGCCGCCUAAAAGCUUUAAAGCGAGCUUACAUGCUGCGCUGCUUCCGCUUUGGGGCAUGCCAAUCGGAGAAUUAUGGGAUCUUGAGGCCCUUAGUCGAAAGUGUCGGCAGGAGAAAAGGUGGACCUUUCUGCUGACGAGUUCGCCCGCAAACGUACCCGGUGGAGUGGGGAGUCCGCCAAAUGCGUUGGCAAUAUUUUAGUAAUGGUUGCAUGCUUCCGUACUCUUUCAGGGGGUUGAUGUAUUUGAAGGUUCACCAUUUCUCUUUUGUCCCGAGUUUCUGACGUUUCUCUGACGUUUUUGAGGUUCUUGUAAAGGAUGGAUGGAUCAAGUUACAAUGAAACCCCUUGCAUUUGUCCACAACUAGAUUACAAGCACUGAUUCGUUGCCGAGGGAGACAACCAUGAGCAGUCGACCGUACUACUUUAUUUCUCAACAACACCCAAGAGUCGUCAUUUCUGCCGCCCUACACCAUUACAUACCACACCGGUUACUUCCAUGGCAUCUUUUUGCAAUAUUUGCAGUAC